UAUAAUCUUGUUUGUUACUAUUAUAUUGUAAUAAUAAUAAAAGCGAAAGACAAACAAUUACUUAAAUUUAACAGAUUUCUUAUAGAUAUACGUUCGAAUCUUCAAUUUCUGAAGCCUUUAUCCGGCCAAAAUGUCUAUCGAAAUCGAGUCGGCCGACGUUAUACGACUCAUACAGCAGUACCUGAAAGAAUCUAACCUAUUCAGAACGCUGAAUACCCUGCAGGAAGAAACCGGCGUUACACUCAACACAGUCGACAGCAUAGACGGUUUCUGCGCCGACAUCAACAACGGCCAUUGGGACACAGUCCUCAAAGCCAUACAGUCGCUGAAACUACCCGACAAGAAACUCAUCGACCUGUACGAGCAGAUCGUCUUGGAGCUGAUCGAGCUGCGAGAACUGGGAGCCGCCAGAUCGCUGCUUCGACAAACCGACCCCAUGAUUAUGUUGAAACAAAACGAACCGGAACGAUACAUCCAUCUGGAAAACCUUCUAGCGCGGUCCUACUUCGAUCCUCGCGAGGCCUACCCGGACGGGAGCAGCAAAGAGAAACGAAGAGCCGCCAUUGCUCACGCUCUAUCCGGCGAGGUCUCGGUAGUACCCUCGUCCCGUCUGCUAGCCCUGCUAGGGCAGGCUCUGAAAUGGCAGCAACACCAAGGGCUCCUGCCUCCGGGGACCACCAUCGAUUUGUUCAGAGGCAAGGCGGCCGUUCGGGAACAGGAAGACGAGACUUUCCCCACGCAAAUGGCUAAACAGAUUAAAUUCGGGCAGAAGUCGCACGUGGAGUGCGCGAGGUUCUCGCCCGACGGGCAGUAUUUGAUCACCGGGAGCGUCGAUGGGAUUGUGGAGGUUUGGAAUUUCACCACGGGUAAAAUCCGAAAGGAUUUGAAGUACCAAGCGCAGGAUAAUUUCAUGAUGAUGGAGCACGCGGUGUUGUGUAUGGCUUUCUCGAAAGACAGCGAAAUGCUGGUGACUGGCUCGCAGGCCGGUCGUAUAAAGGUGUGGAGAAUCAGCUCGGGGCAAUGUUUGAGGAAAGUGGAAAAAGCGCAUACCAAAGGUAUAACUUGCCUGCAAUUUUCGCGGGACAACAGCCAAGUUUUGAGCGCUUCCUUCGAUCACACGAUUAGAAUUCACGGUUUGAAGUCGGGGAAGACGCUAAAGGAAUUCAGGGGACACACGUCUUUCGUGAACGAAGUCAUAUUCACACAGGACGGGCAUAAUAUUUUAAGUGCUUCUUCUGAUGGUACCGUAAAAGUUUGGAGUAUAAAAACGACGGAGUGUCUCAAUACUUUCAAAUCGCUGGGAGCUAACGAUACGACGGUGAAUAACAUACACAAUUUUGCGAAAAAUCCCGAGCAUUUUGUCGUUUGCAAUCGAACGAAUACCGUUGUUAUUAUUAACAUGCAGGGCCAAAUAGUGAGAUCUUUCGCUAGUGGUAAACGAGAAGGUGGAGAUUUCGUUUGUUCGACGGUUUCACCGAGAGGAGAUUGGAUUUAUUGCGUGGGAGAAGAUAUGGUGUUGUACUGUUUCUCUACGAAUUCCGGGAAACUGGAGAGGACUUUGAAUAUUCACGAGAAAGAUGUGAUCGGUAUCGCUCAUCAUCCUCACCAAAAUUUGCUAUGUUCUUAUAGCGAAGACGGACUGGUUAGACUUUGGAAAUCGUAAUUUAUUUGUAAAUUUGCAAGAUUGUGUUCGGUAAAAACAUUUUUAUAUAACGUAUGAUUUAGUAAAUAUGGUGUGAA